AUGGCUGGAGGUAACGGAAGAGGGGGUGCUACUAAUGAACUCAGCGGUCCUAAUGGCCUCUGUAUUGAUGACGAUCAAACAGUGGUUAUUGCUGACAACGGGAAUCAUCGUAUCGUCCAAUGGGUGGGUGUUACAACGAAUGGACAAGUUGUUGCAUGUGGUAAAGACGCAGGAAAGGGAUUGAAUCAAUUGGAUCGUCCAACUGAUGUAUUAAUUGGUAAAGAGACAGACAGUCUCAUUAUUUGUGAAGGCAGACGAGUUGUACGAUGGUCUCGUGGUAGUGGUACAACACAAGGUGAAAUAGUCAUUGACAACAUCGACUGUUAUGGAUUGACUAUGGAUGAACAGAGAUAUCUCUACGUCUCUGACUACAGAAAACAUGAAGUAAGACGAUAUCGAUUGGGUGAGAAGAGUGGUACUCUCGUAGCUGGUGGUAAUGGCCAAGGUGAUGCUCUCAAUCAACUUAACGUUCCGAAAUAUCUCUUUGUUGAUCGACAACAAAAUGUAUACAUAUCAGACUGGAAUAAUCAUCGUGUAAUGAAAUGGAAUAGUGGUGCAAAAGAAGGCAUUGUCUUCGCUGGAGGUCAAGGCCACGGGCGUGCUCUGACACAAUUGUAUUAUCCUAAUGGACUCUUCGUUGAUACGUUGGGUACACUCUAUGUAGCAGACUCGUCGAAUAAUCGUGUAAUGUGUUGGGCUCAAGGAGCGAAACAAGGCAUUGCAAUUGUGGGUGGAAAUGGUUCAGCAGCAGGAGCGAAUCAGUUCAAAUGCCCCAUUGGUUUGUCUUUCGAUCGACAUGGUAAUCUCUAUGUCGUCGAUGUUAGGUAG